GUAGAACAACCGUACCCUCAAUGUGCUGACGUGGAGGUCGUCAUCGUAGAACUUGGUCUCAAUAAUCACGUUCCCACUGCGAGAGAGACAUAUUUAGAGAACCGGAUCAAAUGUCACCAUAGCAAUGAAGGUAUACAGUACUUAUAAGAGAUAAUCAACAACAAAGAAUUACGGACUUUAUUCUAAAAUGUACAAAAACAACAAGCUUUACAAUAAAAAAGUCUUAUAGCAGCCAAUAUGAUGGCUGCCUUAGCGUUAUCCUAAUGUCAAGAUAGUCGGUAUCUGAGACUUACGUGAGUACAUGAGCUGGCACCAUCUGGGACUCCGGAUCCGGAGCCGCUUCAAUCAGAGACUGCCAUGUGUUGGUUGAGUUGGGAAUAACGAAGCCAAACUCAAAGAACCAUUCUGGUGGGAGGAGAGGAAUCAUACAUCAGGGAUGUCAAAGGGAACAGAGAACCUAAACCAGUAUGAUUGUUGUUGAUGUUAUUAGGAUAGUUAAUUAAUCCAACUCGUCAGAAUAUGUAUAACAUCAUAAUUGCAAACCGGGACUCAUGCAAUUUAACAUGGUUGAAAGGAUAAAUAUUUCUGCUAUUGUCAGGUCAAUAUUAUUUGGGAUUCUUGAUCAGGUGCAAAGAAAAUAUGUACGCAAAAGGAGCUGAUGAAUGCAUGCUUAUGCAUACAUAUUGGUAUAUUAACAGUGGAAUCUUCUUUUAUACAUUUGAUAUUAAGGAAAAACAAACAAAUCUACAAAAGGUCAACUGUCAAGACUUUGGAAGAGCAGUACGGUUUAUCUACUGUCCCUGUGAAAUCACCACCAAGAGACACUGAGGCUGGAGAUUACAGGCUGUUUACAUUACUUAUGUUACUGUCCCACAUUAUGCCUGUUAGAUUUACCUUCUAGACAUUGUCCUUUAAAAAAUAACUUUUGCUCCAAGCUGAAGUUCUCCAAUUUCUCCGAGGAGGAAAAAUUCAGUUAUAUAUAUAUAUAUAUAUAUCACUAAAAUAAUGCAGGAAUUCAGUGAUUAAAAAAAGAGACUAGACGUUAUUACAUUCAUCAUACUUCAAUAUUUGGAAAUAUACAUUUUGGCAUUGGUUGAAUUCAGAAUGUUUCUCCCCGAUGAUGCAACAUGCAAACAUCUAUAAUAUUCUAAUUGUGAGGACAAAUAAGAGGGAAUUUGAUGCUACAGUAAGCUUUUCUAGUGCUCCUGAACGUUGCUGGUUGUGUUUGGCGAUGGAUUCAGCAUCUAGGUCUAGAAGUGAGUCUGGAGGGUGGACCAAGAUCAACUUCAUCAACUAGACAUGGCUCUAAUCUGGCAGGCAUCUGGGCCUUUAAUGAAUUUAGGAAGAUAGUUUGGAUCAUUUUGCAUGGACUGAGGCCUUAUAUCGUUCUGCACAAAGUAAAAAAAAAAGUAUAUUUAUCAUUUUUAUACAAACUUGAAUUUGAAUGUGUGAUUGACACUUGUCUAAUAUCCUACCAGGGUAUAAUACAAUCUCAUCUGUCAUUGUUGUAUAUCUUUUUUUAAUUGGUUUCCUAUUAAUUAGAAAAUCACCUUUUUUUUUUACCUUUUUACCUUUUUACCCAUUGCAUGAUGUAGGCCUUUCAGAUGGUUUCUAGGAGGAAUAUACUCUUGUGUAAUGUCAGCAAGGACUGUUUUUGUUGCUUUGGUCAGUUUAUUUGUCGGACUUAGCAACAAUAACUACAAGGGGAGGGACAUGGUGAUGUUUGUCUUUGCUUUCUGAAAAAAAACAAAAAAAUUGAAUUACUCACAUGGAUGGAUUCUCGGAAUGGAGUUCCCACUCACAAUAAAAAAAGACAUAAGACAUAAGACACGACAAGACACGAGACAGUGUAGUUUGAAUGGAAGAUAUAGACCCUGGAUGUAUAACUACAGUAUAAUAACACCGUCAUGGUUUACUGCUGUGUCACUGUAAUUUUCUUGCUCUUGUACUUGUUUGUUUCCUUUUGUUUCCUUUUUAUUCCAUAACUGUCUGUCAGGAAUUGGAUGAAUCUCCGGGACGCAGAGACGGGCAAGGUGCUUUGGCAGGGAACAGACGACCUUUCUCUACCAGGAGUAGAACAUGAAGCUCGUGUUCCAAAGAAGAUUCUCAAGUGUAAAGCGGUAUCAAGGGAACUGAAUUUUUCCUCCUCUGAGAAAUUGGAGAAGUUCAGGUUGGAGCAAAAGGUCUUUUUUAAAGGACAAUGUCUAGAAGAAUGGUUCUUUGAGUUUGGCUUCGUCAUUCCCAACUCAACCAACACGUGGCAGUCUCUGAUUGAAGCGGCUCCGGAGUCCCAGAUGAUGCCAGCUCAUGUACUCACUGGGAAUGUGAUUAUUGAGACCAAGUUCUACGAUGACGACCUCCACGUCAGCACAUCAAGGGUACGGUUGUUCUACGUCUGAGACCCCCCCCCCCCCAAACCUGUCCCAGGGCCACACAUUACCUUGUUAAGCCACAAUUAACAUAAGUAAAUAAAUGUUUUGUUGACCAAUGGUCACCAUUUACGGUGACCAUCACACUUAUUGCAAAAUAAAUGUUGUUCCCAGAGCUGGUCUUCAACCAUUGUCCUAUAAACCAGCACAUCCCUUGCUCCUUUUCCUCACCCCCAUUGACACAGCAAGUGAUGAGGAGUAAAUAAAGGAUGAUUGUGAGAAUGUGUUUUUAUUUUUUUUCCUGACCAGUCCUGUAAAUAUGCUGACUUUUAGAAUUUUUAGAAAAUCAGUGCAAGUCCUAGUUUGUACAGAAGAUCCAGACUUAACAUUUUUUCACUGCUGCACUGAUCUUGUUAUCUUGAUGUCAUCUUGUGUGUAAAAAUGGUGUUGCAUUCCAGAAGGGUGGCUCCCAGUUCCCUAUAGUGCUGCGUUAGGUUAAAUGAUAGAACAUUUAGGUUGAAACACAGUCCAUGUUACCUGUCCAGACUUUCACAUGUUUCACUAUUAAAACCUGUCUUUGCUAUAUUGUGCAUUUUUUUGGGGGGGCAGUUGACAAAUCCUUGAGUUGUUUUGUCAUUUAGUGAGUGGAUUGUCUAUUUAGGAAACAUCUGGUCAGUAACAUGUGAAAGAGCUUCUUGAAAGCCUUCCCAGUGUGUCUCUGCUGCUGUUUUAACCAGGCUACUAUCCUUCGCAAAGCUCCACUCCACAUUCAUUUGUUUUCUUUGCUGACUAAGAUCUGUAUUAUAGGAUUUUGUGUUUCAGAUGUUAUAACGGAGAUUGAAGAAUAAAUUUGUUGAUUGUUUAAUAACUGCUGAUUCGUGUGAUGUGUC